AUGCACAAAAAUGAAGUUAAGCAAUUAUUCAACAAAUCUUACCAUUUCAAAAAAAAAGAAGAUUGGAUUUUACCGCAGGAGGUUUUUAAUUUCCCGAAGUGGAAAAUUCCUGGUUUACAGUCCAGCAAAGAAGAACUAAAUUAUAUUAAAGGUUUAUUAAAUGGAGUAAACUUAGAAGAAUGGUCUUAUCAUACAAAAUCUAGAGAUCCUUCAAGUUUUGUCAUUCAAAGACUGAAACAAAAUAUUCAUCCAGAAUUGUUAACACAGGCCUGGUGUAAGUUUUAUGAGUGUGUCAACAAAUUUCCAAUUGUUCCUCAGUAUGCUAUCAACUUAAAUAUUGUAAAUACACUUCAUAUUUGCGAAGCUCCUGGUGGUUUUAUAUGUUCACUAAACCAUUAUUUAAAAUCAAACUUUCCAGCAGUACAGUUAAACUGGAUUGCCAACACAUUGAAUCCAAAUUAUGAAGGGAAUCCUGUAUCAGAUAUGAUUAAUGAUGACCGUUUAAUAAGAUUUACUUUAAAUAAUUGGUGUUUUGGUAAGGAUAAUACUGGUGACAUAAAAGAAUAUGAAAAUUUUCUUGAUAUCACAACAAAAAUUAAUAACAUUAAAAAGAGGGACUUGGUGACAGCAGAUGGAAGUGUAGAUUGUAUGCAAGACCCUGGAAAUCAAGAAUCUCAUGUAGCACACUUACAUUAUUGUGAAACUAUGAUAGCUCUAUCAGUUCUAGAAACAGGGGGAACUUUUAUUAUUAAAAUAUUUACUAUGUUUGAGGAAUCAACUAUAAGCCUACUGUAUCUUCUAAACUGUGCGUUUGAAUCUGUAACUGUCCAUAAGCCUUGUUGUUCAAAGAGUGGCAAUUCUGAGGUGUAUAUAAUUUGUACAAUCUUUAAAGGAAUUGAAUCAUUAAGCAAAAUUUGGGAUCAACUACUGUUUCCUUAUAGAACUGGUGACAUUUUAAAUUUCUCUAUGUUUAAAUUGGAAAAUAUACCCCAUACAUUCCUCUUACAAAUAGAAGAAUGUUCUGAAUAUUACAAACAGUUACAGAUUACAACAAUUAUGAACAAUAUUUACCAUUUCAACAACAAAGUUCCAGAUAACAAAAUGCAUUAUUUAAAAUUCAAUGUUGCACAGAAAUUUAUAAACAAGUUUAAAGUAAAAAAAAUACGGCAAGAAUGUAAAAUAGUACCUGGAACAAAUAUCAAUAGGUUAUGGAGGAAUUAUAAUGGUUUUGAUUCAAACCCUCUUUAUUUUACAACUGAAACACUGUUAGAAUUUAGUUCAGAAGAAGUAAAAUUCGUUAAAGGUAAAAGGUUUGCCCAAGUUCAAACUUCAAAAUUUGCCCCUAAAGAAAUUAUCAAUUCUUUAAGGAAUAAAAGUUCUUUUGAAAGUUCAAAUACUCUUCUAUAUGUUUUAAGUCUUCAGUCCUUAAAAAUGUUGUAUAAUGUAUAUGACUUACAAAUGUAUAGUUUAGAUGAUUUUAGUGAUUUUCAAAAAAAAUUAAUUAACUCAAUAGAAUGUGACAGAAAUAUUAUUUUUUUAAAUAUACCAUUUGUCACUCAUUUUUUAGUAGGAAUAUUGUAUAAUCUGAUGAAAGGUUUUAGACAUGUAUAUUUUUGCCAAAAUGUGUUAAUUUUAUAUCAGAUUAGGUCAGAUACUAUAAUGAGUGUAAAAACAUUUUUAGCAAAUGUGAAUAAAAUUGAGACUGACACUUCUGAAACAAUCCUUGAGGUUGUUCCAUCAAAUGUGUUUGAUAAAAAUCCGUUAUUUCUUAAACUUGUGUUACAUUAUAACAACAAUAUACAAAUUAAGUAAA